UGUCUGAUGUGACGACGAUGAGGUGACGUUCACCUGAACGACUUGAAGAAACCCGGCAUUUUGCCGUAAAAGUCCGCCAAUAUGGAACUUGAAAUCAACCAGUACUUAGCCCAACAGCGAGAGAUGGCAGGAGAGCAAAUAGAAAGCAGAAGAGAUAGAGGACGAGACUAUGGGUGGAACCGGAACCAAGGGAGGGAGAGAAGGCGAAAUCGCUCCAGGCCGAGCCGGUUUGACAAUGCAGCUGAUAACAUCCUUCAAACCCAGACUAGGGGAAGCUAUGAAGCUGAUGUAGACAUCAAUAAGUACCGAGAACAAGAGUCAUUCCAGGCUAAUAGAAGAAAUGAACAACGCAGUGAAGGAUAUGAUGAUAGAAGGACCGAGGAUAGAUAUGGUCGUGAUAAGUAUGAUGACGCCAAGAGAUACUCGAGGAACGAAGACCGAUACCAGAGCAGAUACGAGGGGAGAGACAGCGAUAGAUACGAGGACAGGUACGAUGAGAGACACAGUGAGAGGCGCGGUGACCGCUCGGAUGACAGGCGGGGGCAGAGACGUGGCGACAGGCGUGGGGACCGGAUGGAUGGUGACGAGCGGCACAGGGAAGGUCGGGACCGAGACCGGGGCCCGGCCAAGGAGAAGCCCAGCCGCACAGUCAUGCUGAAAAACCUACACAGUUCUAUCACAGAUCGCGAUAUCCGAACUGUACUGCAGAUGUUUGGAGCUCCAAUCAAAGACGUGCGACUGGUCAAACAUCGUGACACAGGUGUAUCCAGGGGCUUUGCCUUUGUGGAGUUUCAGUUCCUGCCCGACGCCCAACGGUGGAUGGAAGAGAACCAGGGGCGCAUUGACCUGGUGGGACAGGACACCCAGCUGGUGUACAGCUCCAACAAGGACAGGGAGGAAGAUUGGUUCUGCUCACAGUGCGGUACGCAUAACUUCAAGCGGAGAGAGUUUUGCUUCAAGUGUAGCGUCAGCAAAGACGAUUCGGAGCGUUACAGUGAAAUAGGGGAUGUGGCCUCAAAUGUAUUGAUCCUGAUGGGCUUAGACGCACUGACGACCGAGGAGACAGUGACCAAGGUCUUGGAGUACAUCUCCUCGGCCAAGAUGAACAUCAGCAUAGCCCGGGACACGCUGACGCGCACCUCGCGUGGCUACUGCUACGUGGAGGUAGACACUGUGGAGACCGCCACUUACCUCAUGAACAUCAUAGCUUCCAUGCAGCCACCGUUGCAGAUUGAUGGGAAACAAGUGUCUGUUCACUUCUGCAAACAGCACCUGCCCGAGGAGACAAAAAUGGCCACUCCUCCUGCCGCAGACACAAAAUGGACCGAUUAUGGCUCUCAAGAAGGUGUGGCCAGCACUCAACCUUCCUCCGAUACCCCAGCCACCACCACGCUGUACUUCCAGCAGGCCGCCGUGGAUGCCACCCAGCUGACCAGUUCCCAGCAGUUUGCCUACCAGUCCUACGUGGUGCAGUCGGCCGCCAGCCAGUUACCAGCAGACCAGGCCGGGUUCCAGGUGCAGGAUGCCCUCGCGGGGUCAAACACGGUGGCUCAAGCGAUAACCCAGGGAUCUGGCGUCAUACAAGCUGACAGACAACAAUACAAAGCAGCAGUUGCACAGGAGCAAGUUCAGGCGGCCAGGCAGCUGCAGCUACAGAUCUGGUCACAUAUAUUUGCGUCUCUAAUUGUGCCUAAAUGGCCGACGGUGCUCGAUCCAAACAGACUCCAUACCCCAUUUUUACCCCGUUUGCAGGAAUCAAGUGCAGAUACAGCCGCUCCCAUAGUCCCCCGAUAUUUUCAAGAGGGUAUGAAGUAUCCUACUCCAGACGUGUCCAAGUACGUGUAUGAUGAGGCAUCUGGAUUCUACUACGAUCCAACCACUGGCUUGUACUAUGAUGGGAAUUCACAGUAUUACUUCAAUAGCGUGACGCAAAAAUACCUGUACUGGGACGCAGCCGAGUCAACCUACCUCCCAGCACCGGAGUUCAAGCCUGAGCAGAGUGCUGCGAAGGCGGACGAAGCAAACGCAGAAAAGUCAGAGAAGGUGAAAGAAAAGGAGAAGAAAGAUAAGAACGACAAGAACAAGAUGGCCAAAAAGCUGGCCAAAGACAUGGCACGGUGGGCCAAGAGCAUGAAUUCCCUCAAGGCCAAUGCUGCCAAGAAGGCUGGGGCCGGGAUGGAAGGCGGUUUCUUUAUAGCUGGAGCCGCAGACGCCGGCUUCGCAAUGCUCAUGAAGAAGGCCAAUCCGGCCGACACCAAAGCAACAGUCCAACAAGUCCUGCAAAAACAGACCAGUGACCCCGGCCAAGGAUUAAGCAGGACGGGGAUCGUAGCUUCUUACGGUGGGGGAAGUGAUAGUGAACCAGAGCCUGAGAUCCGUCCCGCCCCUGCCACCAUCAAUCCCAUUGCUGCCACCAGCACCGGCACAACAGCAGCAAGCACCGUUGACGCGCUGACGGACUGGGCCAAGCUGAUCUGCCUGCUGUGCAAGCGGCAGUUCCCCUCCAGGGAGAUCCUUGUGAAGCACCAGCAGUUCUCGGAGUUGCACAAGCAGAACCUGGAGACACUGCGGCAGGAGUCGCAGGAGCUGCGGGACCAAGAGGCAAUAGAAGCCGAUUACCACUAUCGGGAUCGGGCAAAGGAACGCAGAGAGAAGUUUGGUGUGGAUGAGGCACCACCAAAGAAAAAAUUCCGGGCUCCAAAACCUCCAGUACCGUUUGAGGAACCCACAAAGGAGGGCCUGAAAGAGGACAACAUUGGCAACCAGAUGCUGCAGAAGAUGGGCUGGAACAAAGGAACUGGGCUCGGGAGGAAGCAGCAGGGUCGUACGGACCCCAUCGAGGUGCAGAAGAGACAAGCGGGGGCAGGGCUCGGGAUCAAAGGGGGCAACUACGAGAUCACAGCAACCGACUCCUACCGGGAUGCCGUCAAGAAAGUCAUGAGGAACAGGUUCGAGGAGAUGGAGUGAUGCAGCUGUGGAACUGUUUCUUUGUGUGAUUCUCAAAGAUUGCUACUGAGAUGAUGCUCUCUGGAACUAUUAAAGUUGCCAAUUUGACAGUGGGCUUGGGAUUGCUUUUGCUUGGCCUAAAAAUAGUUGACUGGCCUAAGCAUUAUUCAGUGGCUGGCAGCUGAUACCUGCUAAGCAUGUAAACUUGCUGAGCUGAGUGCCUUCUCUAAACUGGACGUCAAGUUGGUUGUGCGUUAAUGUGAGCAGUGCAGGACUCAAUGUGUGAUUUCUUUUCCCUCUACACGAGAGCACAGAAGUAUGUAGUUCAAGAGCUUGAAGCCAAAUAAGAGUAGCUGCAUCGUCAGCCCCAGAGAAUAGACCCAAAAUUGACUUACUAAGGCCUGAGCUACCUGCUUACCUUCAUUAUUUUCAGUUGGUCGUGUUUUUCCAUAGAAGUAUGUGGCUCUUUCAGUCGUUGAAGUCCGACAGCCACUCAGCAUCCAUUCCCAGUUCUUCAUUGAAAAAAAGGUUCACAGGAAGUUGAAAGGGGAAAGUUGAAGCCUUAUCCUGAAUCAUAUCUAGCCUACCAACCAGCGAUUACUUCAAUAAAAUUAGGGAACAGGUGUAUUUGGGUCAUCAAGUAAAAAGUAAUGAAUGUCCUAUUUUUUUUAUCAGCAACCCAAAGGUUGUAGGAAUGCAUUUUGUUUUGAGUGCGUACAAGGUUUGUGUGUUCUGCAUGACACCUGUGAUUGCAUAAACCUGCAAUGCAUGGAAUAGACUGGUGCAAUGCAAUACCAGUAUUUUGACCACCUGAGACACCUAACCACCUGAACUCGGCGUGUGAGAAAUUAUUUAAAGUUGGAGGAUUGGGUGCUUUUAUAUGCGUCAGCAGGCUGAUUAUGAGAUGAGACUUUCUGUGUUCUGACAGCAACUUGCCAAGCUACUAAAAAGUAACAGGAUAUGCUUGAUGCUUUACAUCGUAAGAGAUAAGUGGGAAUCAGAUUCUGAUUUUUGUGCAAGACUGGACUUGCUGAACGAUAUUUUGAAAAUAUCUUUUGCUAAUGUGAUAGCUUUUAAGUUUUGUCAUCAAGUGUGGCCGGACAUUCUCUACAGUAUUUUUUCUCUCUGCGCUAAUUUAUGUUCUCUGGAUAGUCUAGAGCUUACUUCUGAAACAUGAAAAGUUUGGGGCAAAUUCUGACACGUUCGGUGAGAUACAGAGCCCAUUACUCUGUGCACAAAUAGGGACCGUCCAAUCCAUCGUAUCUCUGUAGGCCUCUCUGAAAUUUGUAAUGUUGGCAAUCGUCAGCUUUUACAUGCACCUAUUCAAGAUUCCUUUUUCAUUUGCAUGAAAGGCAUACGAUAUUGUCCUUCACUCCCAUACGCAGUGUCAGUUUUUAAAUUGUUGAUAUUGAAAUGUACAUUGUGUCAACUGUAUCAUAAGAAAAAAUAGUUGUAAACUGUAGCCGGGAAAGUUUACAGAUGAGGUUUCAUUUUUUUUGCAUUUUGUCUCAAAAGUUUAGAUAUCUUUUCCGAGGCGUAAGCAAGAAGUUGGUGUAAAUCAUUGCAUUUGUUAUCAUUCCAUAAAAAAAAUCUGCUUGCACAGAUAAAUAGCAUGCAGUUACCUAAGGAACGGGAAGAGUAUGAACAUUGGUACUGUGGUUUCAUUGGGCGAACAUUCGUCAGUUUUACCGUUUUUGUAGCUCACGUGUGACCCUCUCAGUGAAAAUGAAUCUCCUGUCACUAGCGCCGGUCUCGAGUCAAAGGCCCUUUAACCCUCCU